AUUGCCGAUCGCACAUCUUGUACUUUGAUAAGUUUGAUGCCUUGUUGCCAAAUAAAUAAAAUUAAAAAAGAUGACGAAAACGGAAAAAAGUGUUAGCAAACUAAUUAGAGGUAAAUAAUAUGCAAAAUGAAAUACCUAGAAGUUUAGAAACGUAACGCAUUUAUUUUAAAAAUCUAGCAUUCGACCGACAGAACAUCCAACAUUUUAGUGCCCAAUGAGUUUUUAACAGAAUCCGAUCAACGGCCGCGAGUCGUUCGUCGUCCCGUCUUCCGUCACCGCACCCAGAUGCGAUGACUGAUGCUUUUGUUAGAGGAAGUGCUAAUUAAUAUGCAUAAAAUUCAUUCAAACGUAUUAACAAUGAACUUAAAUCGGUUAUAUCUACAUAAACGCAAUAAAAUAGUUAAUAUAUUAUUGGUUGUUUUUAGUCUUUAAACCAGUGAAGUUUUAAUUUACUCUUGUUUCAUAAAUAUGGAUGAAGGAACUUUAAAUGAUUUAUUAGAGUGUUCAGUAUGUCUUGAGCGGCUAGAUACUUCUAGUAAAGUGCUUCCAUGUCAACACACUUUUUGUAAAAAAUGUCUUGAAGAUAUAGUUCAAACACACAAGGAACUUCGGUGUCCAGAAUGUAGGAUCUUAAUUUUAUCUAAAAUAGAUGAAUUGCCUCCGAACGUUCUUUUGAUGCGAAUAUUGGAAGGUGUAAAAAAUGCAGGAAACCUUUUACCUAAGAAGUUACAUAAACCCAUUCGUAAUCCUGUUUUGCCUACUCCAGUUUUACAGACAACUCCUCUGCAUACUCCCCAUGGUACUCCAGAUCAUAGGAUUAAUUCCAACAAACAGCCACCCAAUUUGUUGCCUCAUCAACCCUAUGCAAAGGCAAUGUAUGAUUAUACUUCUAAAGAAGCAGGGGACCUGAACUUCAAAAGAGGUGACAUUAUAAUUCUAAAGAAAAGAAUUGACAGCAACUGGUAUCAAGGAGAAUGUUGUGGAAAGCAAGGAGUGUUUCCAUUAUCAUAUGUACAGAUCAUUACUCCAGUUCCAAGCCAUAUUCCACAAUGCAAAGCACUAUAUGACUUUCGAAUGCAAAAUGAUGAAGAAGAAGGCUGUUUGUCAUUCAAUAAAAGCGACAUCAUCAAUGUUAUUAGAAGAGUUGACGAAAACUGGGCCGAAGGAAAAUUAAAUGGCAGAAUUGGAAUAUUUCCUUUAGCAUUUGUAGAAUUAAAUAAUCUAGCUAGAUCUUUAAUGAAGCUGUCUACUAAUGCUCAACCUGGUCCAUCUAGACUUGCACCACCUACACCUACAUCCGAAGAUACUUCACCACUUAUACCCACGGACCAUACCCGUAAUAUCAUACCUCAGAAUGUUCAGCAUCACCAACAACCGCCAGUACCGUUGACGCGUAUUCCUGUCACUAAUAUACAGCAUGCUCCAUUGGCUGCCUCAGAUUCUAGUUCCACUUUGAGUUCGGGUACUUCCGGAGGCACGUCUAAUAUAUCUUCGGUAAAUGGUUCUUUGGAAAAUACUUCUAGUUCUAGUAGUCCUUCUCCGUCAUCACCUACAUCUCCUCCUUCAAGGAAUCAACAAACAUUACCUCCUAAAAGUACUGUGAACCGGCCUGACCUUCUUAACACUGCCAAGCUUUCUACUCCACAACGGUCUACUCAGAAUCAAUCGGCUCGUACCUCUGAUCCCCACUUGACUCCUCACCAUCAGCACCAACAUUCUAAAGAGAAGCGGCAUAGUUUCACUGGUUUGGUAAAUCCCCAUCACUCAAACUCGUCUAAUCAAAAUAGGCUGUCUGCAGAAAUAGUAGCUGGUAGUGAUUGCCAAACAUUGACUACAUCUAAUGAUAGAAGUAGAAGGAAUGGACAUUUAUCCGAAAUGCAAUUACCCGCCACUUACGUUGCUCUGUAUCCUUAUAAACCACAAAAAGCUGAUGAGUUGGAGUUGAAAAAAGGUGGCAUCUAUAUGGUGACUGAAAUUUGUCAAGAUGGCUGGUACAAGGGAACAUCUAAUCGUACCCAGAAAUGCGGCGUCUUCCCUGGUAACUAUGUAGCUCUUGCUCGUGGCGUUCCUAAUCCUCACGGAUCCAAAGACGACUCCAAACUACCCGUAAGUUUUACGCGUGGCGGUAAAAACACAUCCGCUUCGCAGCUUGCGGCUUCCACUAAUCCUCCCGAAUUGCCUCCUCGGGCUACGAGCCCUUCUUCCAACGCUUUUUCUAGUAGCUGGCACGGCGGGCAACAGGACCAGACCUCUGCACCUUUAGGCCGAAGCAGUAGCGCAAUAACGCCAGGAGGGAUGCAAGCGGCCGCCAAUAAGCCCACCGAUAAGUCGAAGGAACGUAAAGAAAAGGGGACAGUAAGCCUUAUGAAACGUCUAGCCAGUAUGAAACGGUCCAAGUCUCCGCCACCAUCUACGUAUUCCAUGGAUAAUCCAGUUUUCGAAGAUACCAGCGUUCAGCCAACAAAAUCUUCAGCUACACCUGUUCAUGUCAGGUCGGGAUCAUGUCCGAGUCAGCUACUUCAAAUUCAACCGAAUGACCACCAUCGUAUGUUUGGAUCUUCUUCACAACGUCACAAACACAAAGAACGCCCUACUAUACUUACUCACAAUUCCAGUAUUUCACCAAGAAGUAACGAAAAUCCACCAGGAAGUUCCGGUUCCAGCCCGGAUAUUCAACGUCAUCGCAAAUCGAAUUCUUUGGAUGCGGGCAAUAGAAGUAAAACGGCCGUACAAACGGUACGAGAACGGUUCCGUUGUAUAGCACCCUAUCCGCCAAACAGCGAAUACGAGUUAGAAUUGCAGGUCAACGACAUCAUUUAUGUUCAUAAGAAAAGAGAAGACGGUUGGUACAAAGGAACGCAACAGAGAACCGGAAAGACUGGACUCUUUCCGGCUAGUUUUGUAGAAAGUUAUUAACCAGUGAUUUUUACUUUAAAAUUUUCCAAUGUCGUUUUCUUCAAGACGUUCUUUCCAAGUUCUAAACUUAAUUGUUUUGUUCCUUAUUGACAGAUUGUUUUUUUUUAUAUAAUAUUCGCCAUAUUUUCAAAAAUAUUGCGAAUAUUAAUUAACGGAAAAGGUACGAGUGCAAAUAUUUCAACACAGUAGUUGAUAUUGUUUGUUAAAAGACUUAUAAAACUGGCAUGUGAUUCACACUUUUUUUUCUUCUAAAGUAUGCCAUUGCUUACAAAGACGAGUCCUGUCCGUGAUAACUACAGAUGUCUCUAAAUAAAAAAAAAUGUAAGCUCCGACAUGCGUAAUUUUUUCCAUGGCCUACUUUAGAACAAAAUGUAUCACUCCAUAGUAUUUACAAUUAAGUGCCUGUAACUAAUUGUCCUAUAUAAAAUAAGUCAGUAUAGUUCAAUAAUAUUUAUUUAUAAAUUAUAUGCGAAUUGAUUUUAACCGGUUUUACAGAAUUUUUGUGUUGAAACCCACGUUUAGUUAUUUAUUGUUAUUUUUUUUAAUAUU